CGAGAAGCAUGCCGCGGCCCUGCGCUUCCGCUUCCGGUGUUCUGGAUGGCCGUGCGGCUCCCUGCGAUGGCGGCAGGCGGUAGCGACCUGCGGGCUGGCGACGUAGAGGAGGAUGCCUCACAGCUCAUCUUUCCCAAAGAGUUUGAAACAGCUGAGACACUUCUAAAUUCAGAAGUUCAUAUGCUUCUGGAGCAUCGAAAGCAGCAGAAUGAAAGUGCAGAGGAUGAACAGGAACUUUCUGAGGUCUUCAUGAAAACUUUAAACUACACAGCCCGUUUCAGUCGUUUCAAAAACAGAGAGACCAUUGCAAGUGUGCGUAGCUUGUUGCUUCAGAAGAAGCUUCAUAAAUUCGAGUUGGCCUGUUUGGCCAACCUUUGCCCAGAGACUGCUGAGGAAUCCAAGGCUCUGAUCCCAAGCCUGGAGGGACGGUUUGAAGAUGAGGAGUUACAGCAGAUUCUUGAUGAUAUCCAGACCAAGCGCAGCUUUCAAUAUUAAUCUCCUAACAUUACUCUGCUGCUAAGAGAACCGCAUCUCCAGCAGAGCACUACUGUUCCCCAGGAUCUGGGGCUGACUUGAACAGAAAUUCUGUUGCAGAAGACAGUUGGUCUUUUGGAUACAACAGCCUAGCUUGGUCUUGGUUUAGGUUACUGUUUCAAACUUAACUGUUGGACCAUGAUGACCCUGUAAUUUUGGAGAGGGCUCAUAGGGGCCGCCUGUUGCUUCCUGGCUUGCCUUUAGAAGAGUGAGGUGGGUUGAUGUCCAUGUAAGCUACGCCGUUGACUACCUCAUACUAUGGUUCAAAAAUACUUUAACAGCUAAACAUUCUAGCUUUGAUUUUUCUGAAAGGAAGUAUGCCUGUUUUUUCCACAAUUUGAGGAUUUUUCUUUGGAGUACUUAUUGGCUGCAAAUGAAUUCAUGAUCCAAGGAAAAGUUUGAGGAAAGAACAAAGUUGGCUUUAAAGGUCAAGAUAGUUUUAUAUCAGCUGCUGACUAAGGCAAAAAUAAAAUAUUCUUGUCUUUAUAAAUUCUUUCAGUUUCUCAUAUGACAUGGUUUCUCAGUCACCAAUAUUCUUGAUCAGUAUUUAAAGGAGAUGAUAAUUAUUCCUCAGUUUUAAAAAUUGAAGGAAAUAAUCUUUUCAUCCUUGGGCAACUUCACUUUAAGACUCAUCAGUGUUCUCAGUUGGGAAAUGUGAAUGAUAAUAGUAUCUAUUCCAUAGGUAUUUUGAGAAAAUCUUAUGAGAAAAUGAUUAAAAACAGCCUAUUGGUGUCUGGCAUACAUUAUGUCCCAAUAAAUGUUAGAUAUUAUUAUUAGGCUCAGUAGAUGAGCAAGUAUACAUAGGUGAUAAAUCAGCUUGCUUCAUAGAAAUUAGUGCAAGAAUUUGGUAGCAUAUCAACUGAUAUUGGUAUGAGACAAAACAAAAAUUGCUUACUCCUUAAGUCUGCAGAAUUCUUUUAAGAAAAGUAGUUACAUGUGCAGGUUGGCACCAAGCAGUAGAAUAGAAUAGACGUGGAAGACAGACCUGAGUUAUAAUCCAGGUGUGUGUGCUAUCUUGCAAGAGCAGCAGUGCAGUGCCACCAUCUUCACUGGUGUGCCCACCUGUACAUGCCAGGAGUCUGAGCUAUAUGAGAGUGUGGAAGUAUGUAAAGAACCUGGCAUACAAUUAGGCACAGAUAAAUGGUAGUAAGAUGAUUAGAAGCAGAUUUUUUAAAAUAACUCAUACUAGGGAAUUACUUGUAAAAGCAACCUCAUGCUCUGUUCUGGAUUCAAAGCCUAGUGAACACAUUCUGCUGGAUAGCAGCUCACUGUUUAAUCAUCAGGAGACCCUGCAAAAUCUUUAAUCAUCUGUGAAAUAUUGUUUGGCUCAUUUCACUUUGCAUGGCACUUAAUAGGUACUUAUUAGUAAAUGAAUUAAAACACAUUUUCAGAAGGGUCAAUGUGGAGCUGCAGGGAAAGCAAGAAUACCUGAAAUAAUAAAAUUGGAGGAGAGGGUUGAGGUGGUAGAGAAACAGCUCAGAAGACACCAAGGAAUUUGGAAAAGACAAGGCAAAGCUGUCCAACAGAACUUUCUGCAAGGAAGAAAUAAUCUAUAUCUGGACUGUCCAAUAUGGUAGCUGCUAGCCACAUAUAGGUAUCGAGCACUUGAGGCUAGUAUGACAGAGGAACUAAAUUUAAAAUUUUAUUUUUAAUUAGUCAGAUAUACCUAGUAACUACUAUAUUGGACAGCACAUCUAUUAGUUCCCAAGACAAAUGUCCUGCAGACCAUUGAAAUCUAAAAGGAUUUCAGCAAGAUUAACAACAUUCACAAAAGCAGCAGUAAUAAUAGGGGACCAUUAAUCCAAAUUUGGUCCCCAAAUUUCUGAAGUCUGAAGUAUAUCAUUUUCUAUACAUCAUUGAGUCUAAUUUUUCUAAUAUAAGUUCUAUUUUUAAAAAUCUGCCUCUUCUCUGCUGAUGCUCAUAGACAAAAUUAUGAAACCUGUUUUAAGAAAACAUCUGGAAAUAGCAAAAAGGUAAAUACUUCAUCUUUUGAUAAGAACCUUGCUUAAUUUUGCCUUUUCUGUAGGCUGGUAACUUUUAUGUUGAAUGUAAAAACCCAAAGAUUUAUCAUCUUUUAAGGCUUCAGUAUUCAUAUUUUGUUAUUCUAAUAAAUGUGGUCCAGGCACAGGAUAUUACCAGAUUAAUGGACUGAUGUCCUUUUAAAUUCAGACUAGCCUCUAUCUCCUGAGCCAUAUCAACACCAGCCUGUGGCCACACAUCCUAAAUAUAUUGUCUUUGUUAAUAGAGAACUUAAUAGUUCUCCAUCUUCAAAGCAACCGAAGUUGUGAGAUAUUUGCAAAACAAUAUUUUCUAAAUAGUGAUGGAAGAAAUAAAAAAAGAUGGAAAGACUCUAUUAUGUAAAAAUUAACUGUAGAAUCACUAAAAGCAAUCAACAGCCUGAUAGAAUUUAUAGCAGAGAGCACAGGCAAUAGGUGUAAAUGUUUAUUAUAUAAAGAACUUUCAAAAAUAUUAAGACCCCAAUUUAAAAACUGUCAAAGGAUACAGACAUAAAUUACAUCCGGUUUCCAAGUUAAUGGGUAAAAGUUGACCAUAGUUUUCAAAGUUAAUGGGUAAAAGUUGACCAUAGUUUUCAAAGAUUUCAAGUGAGGUGAUAUUUUUCUUAUAAAAAUUGUACAAAAAAUGAGCGUGUUGCCAUUUAAUGAGCAAUUUCUUUGUGUCAGGUGCUGUUCUGUACACAUGAGGAUACAGAAACAAGUCAGGAUGUGAGCUGUCAAGAGUCCACCUUUCACUGAGAGGACAGCCCUUCAAGUUCCUGGCUUUAUUUAGGGGCUAAGCCUCAGUGGGGCAAAUAAAACAUACUUCUUGUUUACCAUGUUAA